AUGCAAACAACAAAUGGCAUUUCUAUAUUGUAAAUUAAAAAUACCCAAGUAUCAGUUUGCAAUAAUAAAAAAAAGGAAGAAUUGAUAUAAUUUGAUUAAUUUGAUGAGGAUUUGAUACCAAAAAGUAAACUAUUCUCUCCCAUGAACGUAAAUUUAAAUCUAAAAUGUGUUGAAACUUUUGGGAAUAAUAAAAUUUAUGAUAUCAAUGAAACAAGAACAAAUGAUUAGUAAAAUAAAUCGGAUUCAUUACUUGAUACACUGAAUUCAAAGUAAAAAAUAGAAACUUCUCUAUAACAAGUUAACGUAAUGACUGAGAGAUUAAAUAAUCAAAAUUUAAUAUUCUAUGCUCCUCAAUAUAUACCUGAUAUUCAAUAAUUCUUAACUUCCCCUAUUCCUAUUGGUAUCAUUAUAAUACUUAUUUGUUAUUAGGUAAGAUAAUAUAAUGUACUUUCAUAAAAAAUAAAAAGGGAUUUUGCUAUUUCUAUCCUAAAUUUGAAUUAUUCUUCUCAGAAAGUUUAAAAUUUCUCUGUGCUGGAAAGAGACAAACUACAAAGAGAAAAUCAAAUUAUAUAAUUUCUAGUGAUGUAGACAUAUUUAAUUCUAACAACAAAUCAGUAUGUUUAGGUAAUUUGAAAUAUGGAACAGCAGAGAACUAAUUUAAUUUAUAUGAUAAUGGAAAUGAUCCUAAUAAAACUAAUCAAUUAGAAACAACAAGAAAAGAAUAUGCAGUCUAUUCAUAUAAAAAAUCAAGUUUAGGUGUUAAAUCAAUUAAUGUUUUAAUUCCUUCAAUUAUAAAUGGAUAACAAUAAGAUUUUAAACCUAUUUCUUAAAAUGAAGGUAUCUAAAAAGCAUUUACUUAAUAAAAGAAUGAAAAUGUUAUGUAAUUAAUUUCAAAACCUCCUACUUUUAGUGAAGAAAAGAAUGCAUAUUAAUUAAAAUUCACAUAAAGAGUACGAUCUGCUUCAAAUAAAAAUUUUAUUCUCAUAUCAAAUAAUUAAGAGAAUGAUCAAGAAUUUUUAAUGUAAUUUGGCAAAUGUGGUGAAUACUAUUAUAAUUUAGAUAUUUGUCAUCCGCUUUCAAUAUUACAAGCAUUUGCACUAUGUAUCACUUAAUUUGAAGUUAAGUUAAAAUGA